AAAUGAUCAAGCGAAUGCUUUAAAGAUCAGCGGAGCUCUUCCUGUCUUUAAAGUAACACACAGAUCUCUCACAGCUGAAGUGACAGCAGCACAGGUAGAUGGCGAUUGAUCUUCGACCGUACCAGGAAGAGGUAGUGCAGGCUGCUCUCAGAGGAGAGAACAGCAUCAUUUGGCUCCCCACAGGUGGAGGAAAAACCCGUGCUGCUGUCUAUGUCACCAAGAGACACCUAGAGACAAAAGCCAAUGCUAAAGUGGCAGUGCUUGUCAACAAGGUGCACCUGGUAGACCAGCACUAUGAGAAGGAAUUCAAACCUCUUCUUGGGAAAGACUAUAAGAUCAUGCCCGUCAGCGGUGACAGCGAUGAAAAAGACUUCUUUGGACGCGUGGUCAAGAAAUCUGACGUUGUGAUCUGCACUGCUCAGAUCUUGGAGAACGCCCUGACCAACAUGGAUGAGGAGAAACAUGUGGAGCUCACAGACUUCACCCUGCUGGUCAUAGACGAAUGCCACCACACAAAUAAGGAUGCCGUCUAUAACAAAAUUAUGAGCCGCUAUGUGGAAAAGAAAGUGGAUAAAGAAGGAAAUUUGCCUCAGGUUUUGGGUCUUACAGCAUCACCUGGUACUGGAGGAAACAGGUCAUUGGAUAAAGCUGUUGAACACGUCCUGCAGAUCUGUGCCAAUCUGGAUUCUGUAAUUGUGUCCACCAAGAACCACAAACCAGUGCUGAAAAAAGUCGUCCCCAGGCCCAUAAAGAGAUACGACAUUGUUGAAAAAAGACAUCUGGACCCGUUUGCUGACCAUCUAAAGUUAAUGAUGUCAAUGAUUCAUGAGUUCAUGCCGCCAACAGUGACUUUUGGUCUGCGUGAGAAGGGCACCCAGGAAUAUGAAGCUGAUGUUGUGGAACUGCGCAAAACAGGUGUACUGCAGGAGAACAGAUUGAUAGCUCAGUGCGCUCUGCAUCUGCGGCAAUACAACGAUGCUCUGCUCAUUAAUAGCACUGUUCGCAUGGUGGACGCGUUUCGGCUUCUGGAUGAUUUCUACAAGUCAAUGGAAAACAACUUGCUGGAUGGCACUGACUUUUUUCUCCAGGGACUUUUUGAAGAGAACCGUGUGGAGCUAAAGCUGCUGGCGUCGAACCCCUGCUUCGAAAACCCCAAACUGGCCGAGUUGGAACACGUGCUGGUUGAACAGUUUAAAGACAAAAGCUCUCGUGGCAUCAUCUUCUCAAAGACCCGCAGAGGAACCCACAAUCUUCUUGAGUGGGUUAUAUCAAACCCUGAGCUGCGGAGGGUCAACAUCCAAGCUGGAAUUCUCACUGGAGCGGGCACGGGUGCACAACACAUGACCCAGAGUGAACAAAAGGAAACUAUUAAAAAAUUUCGAGAUGGAGGCCUCAACCUCCUAAUUUCCACCAGCGUAGCUGAGGAAGGACUUGACAUAAAGGAAUGCAACGUGGUUGUACGUUAUGGCCUGUUGACCAAUGAAAUCGCUCAGCAGCAGGCCAGUGGGCGGGCUCGAGCUGAGAACAGCAUCUACUCAGUGGUUGCCGAAGAAGGGGGACGUGAAAUACGCAGGGAACUCACCAAUGAGUAUCUGGAAGAUCUGACUGCAAAAGCUAUUGAACAAGUGCAAAGCAUGACUCCCAGGGAGUUCAGACUAAAGAUUUCAGAGCUUCAGAAAACUGCUGUUAUGAUUCGGAUCAUGGCUGAAAAGCAGAAGGAAGAGAGAAGUCAGCGCUUCAUUCCUGCUGGUGUACAGUUUCUGUGCAACGGGUGCUUUACUCCUGUUUGCCAUGGAGACGAUUUCAGAAGUAUAGAGAAUUCACACCGUGUUAACAUCAAUCCUCUGUUUAAGAGGUAUUAUAAUGUUGGUGGUCAGGUGACUUUGGAGAGAAGGUUUGAAGACUGGGAGCCUGGAAGGAUUAUCAGCUGCAGUAAAUGUGGAAAGAACUGGGGAUGGGAGAUUAAAUACAAGAAAGUGGCAAUACUCCCCUGUUUGAAAUUAGAGAAUUUUUCAUUGAAUACUCCUGAAGGCAAAUGUUCACCUAAGAAGUGGAAAAAAGUUCCUUUCCAAGUGCAGGAUUUUGACUUUACUAAAUACAUGGAAGACCGUUUAGAUGAUCUGGACCUAGACGACUAACACACCAGCAAAACUCUUUUAUAGCCACUGUGUCAGCACUUCACUGUGUGUUGUUUUGGUGUGCGCACUGUAAAAAAAAAUGCAGCAUGAAGUUAAAACAACUUGGUUUUGCAAGUCAAUUCAACAUACUAUUUUAAGUUUUGACUUGUGAAUAGUUGACAUAACUUAUAAAAACUAGUUGAAGUUGUUUAACUUAAGUUAAAAGUAGCGUAAUAUAUAUGUUGAUUUGACAAAAAUGCUUCAUUUAAAUUUUUUUACAAUGUGUUAAUUGUUUAUAGGUUGUGGUUUAUAGGGUAAAACUUUAAGUCAUAGCAAUAGGUGGUGUAAACUAAUAUUUUUAAACUUAUUGUUGUGUUCAUUUCUGGAAUCAGACCAACAAUGCACUUUCAUUAUUAGUUAUAGUUUAUAUUACUGUAUGCAUAGAAAAUGCACUUUAAGGUCCUCAUGACACAAUAAGUACUAGUGUGACAAAUUCAUAUGACAAAUUGCUUAAUUGUUUCCUAAUCUUUGUAAGUCGUUUUGGAUAAAAACGUCUGCUAAAUGCCUAAAUGUAAAUGUAAUGUGCUUAACACUUGACCAUCCAAUAGCUGUAUACAGGAAAAACAAACAAACUUUAAAGUCUUCUUUCUAAAUAUGUAUAUGUAUGUCAUAUCAUGGGAGUUUUAACACAUUUUUUUUAUUCAGGCUAUAAAAUGUAUUUUAACCUUUCUAUAUUAUGAAUAUCAUGAUUUUGUUACAUUGAUAUUGUGUAAGUCAAAGCAUAUAUUAUAUACUGUAAAAUCUAGCAAAUAAAAUACUAUAAAUAAUGUUUGGCAUUUUUCACAGUUGCUGUGUACAUAAAUGGAGACUGGUUUUACCAUGAAUUUGAGUAAAAUAUAUAUUUUAAAAAAGAGAAAAAAAGAUUGUUGAAAGCUACUAAAAUACAGAUUUUCUUUUAUAUGUAACGGUAUCGACAAAAUUGACAUUUAUUAAAGAAACCCCUGCAUUUUUUGUUAUCUUAAAAUAAACCACUUGUCAUACUCAGAUAACCCUUGUAUUAAAU